AUGUCGCACGUGCUUGCAAGCGGGUACGCCAGCCCAACUACCUCAAAGCACACGAGCUUGUCUUACCCCCAAAGCAGACAACAAAAGCUGGUCGAGAUCAGACCGAAAGGACCAGGCUCAGCAAACAUCCUAGCAGUGUCUAAUUCGGCUAAAUGUCGGAAGAGGCAACAUGCUGACGCCCAGAAGUGCCAACGGGAUCGCAUGAAAGUUGCGCUGGACCGAAUGGCGCGCAUAAUGAGGAUUGGAGGCGUGGGGGAUGAGGGGACGAGUGGCACGAAGGCAAGACUACUCGAGACAGCGGUGGAGUAUAUCCAACGCCUCCAGGACCAGGUCGAGGAGCUGAGAGAGUCUUGUAACUCUGGGCACGCGACAUUACCAAUUUCAGACUCAAUAUCCGGGCAUGUUGAACAGUGCGCCUGA